AUAUCCUUAGUACGGUUGGCACUCUUGCCAAUCGCGCUGGCUGGCAGCGCCCCGGAAGAGCUUGGUACUAGGCAGCUUUGUUGCCAUUAUAGCAAACUCCACGGAACAGGCCGUCCGCGUUGUGUAUGGGAGCUGUUUAUAGCAGGUUUCGUAAUAUGGCGUCCACAAUCAACUCUGAGGAGCCCCAGACUGCCACACCAUGGAGGUUCACCGACGGGGAGAAGAUAGCGUCGCUAAACAGCCGCUUUCGUGUGAACAUGUGCUUCAAGAACCGGACAAGCCGUGACAUCGAGGCCUUCUGGCUAAACUUUGAAGGCAAGGAGGUCUCCUAUGGUAUCGCGAAGCCAGGAAUGACCUUGCUGCUUUACACUUACCUGAGCCACCCUUGGGUUUUUCGCUUCAAAGACGACGGAGCAGAAGCUUUGGUCGUCCACGGAAAGACGGUUGCAUGGCCAAGCCAUGUCCAGCAGUUCGCAGACGUUGUCGAGGCGCCCCUUCUCGAAUGGAGCCCUUCGACCCACGCGACUGAUUUCCGUAAGCGGGCUCCCGGUUUUGCGCACGACGUUCAAAACCUGCUACGAGCUUACUACGCGCAGCGGAAGCACACCGGCCGACUUGGCAGUGACGGCGGCAGCCGCAGCGGAGGGAAGAGCCGCCGCAGCAGUGUCGGUGGCAUGGCAGAAGACCCGUCCCCAACUGGUGCACUCUCGGGCUGCUUCGGAGGAAAGAUGUGGCAUUGGAGAGGUCACGAGGAAUGCCUUGCAUUGCCUUCCGCACUAGUCAACCAGGGCGAGUGCAUGCAAGAAACGACUAGUGUCGCAACACCGCGGGCGUCUUCAACUGAAGAGCUGGGCUUGUUAGGCAGUUUACCAUUUGACAUCAUCCUCGAGAUCGCCGCCCACAUGGCCCCAAAGCUGCAUGUAGAGCUGCCGAUGCACAAGGACGAUGCUGAGAUCAUGCCACGGGACGUGCGACCUGGACACGGACCGAUAGCUUUCUUGGCUGCGAAGCUCCUCGGUCCAUCGCCGCCACCGGCACCCAACGUGGCACCCGGUGCCUGGUUUGCUGCCGGCAUGGCCCACGACGCUCAGGGUGUCGGCCCGCUAGCUGUUGGCGCGGGCAUAGGCGCUUUCUUUGCUAAUGGAGCUGUUCCGGCAGGUGGUGCGCAAGAACAGCAAGCCGGCCAGGCCGUCGACGAGCAAGCGGUGUCGGAGGUCGUGAAGUACAUGGAGGCGGUGGCGCUGGCCGAAUUGGCAGUGGGGCACGCUGAGGCGAUGCACCGGGAGCAGCUUGAGCAAGCGCCGGUGCUGCUGGCCCGAGUGCAGGCAGAAAUGGCUGCUGCAUUAAAGGCCGCUGCGGAUGCAGCGCAGCCGGCGGCGCAGGCGGAAGCGGCACAGGUUGAGCAGCAAGGCGCCGUCGCGCACGAUGCCCAGCAAGGCCCCGACAACGGCGGUGUUGUGGACCAAGUACCAGGCUUGGAGCCCAUAAUGGAGGACACUGACGAUAGCGAGGUGGUAGAUGAUGAUGAGUACGGCACUGGUGACGAGGGAGAUGUCGCCUAAGGCAUGCUCGGUAAACGCUCAACACUGCUUGCUGACGGCAUGCGGCGCGCAAUCUAUGCGAACAGCGCUGCAUCUGCUAUGUAUGUGAUAUUGCUAACACCAGGGGCGAGCGAGCUGAUGUAUGAAUCACGCUCUUGCAGGUUUUCGUAUGAGCCACGGCAGUGGCGAGUGAUACCGUGUUUCGCAGACCUGCAGGUUUUGUGCAUGCUAGUGGGUUGGUGCUUGAUGGACAGUAUGUAUUUGACAAACAAGUUCGACGCAGUGAUCUCUUGUUUGACCUAAACUUAAUAUUCAUCUCAUAGUGUUUAGUUUCUCUGCCAUAUCCCUAAAUUUUACACAUCAAUGUGAUCCUGAUGCAUCUUACAAACCGUUUGUACUGCAAAGACCCCUGUGAGGGAUAGGUACCCGUGUGAUAGACGAGUUUUGUAUGCGCUUGAUAACGUUCCUCCAGCUGCAAUGAGAGACCCGAUAGUCUGCCUGUGCCGAACCAUAUUCACAGUUUUGGGAAAACACAUUUCCGCUUCCAUGGAGGUCAAGCAAGUGAAUCGCCGAUGUAAGCGUUGGUUUGCCCG